GAGGCUCGGCCCUGCAACACGGAAGUUACGAUGUGGUACAAAAACACAUGUGGAUACAAGUGAAACAGUACAUGUGAAGAACUAACCAUGGCUCAAACACAAAACAAUAUCAAGAAAACCUCUUCUAGAGACUUGUUGGCCUGUGGCAACGGAAAAGGAAUCCAUGAGAAACUUCUGUUGAACUCUAAAAGUGCUUCACUGCAGACAGAAAGGGUCCCCAGAAGUACUGUCUUGGACAAACUGCAAAGCUUCCUUCCCCAAAUCGCCCAAGCCAAUGAGUCUCUAAGACAACAGAUGGACGAGGCUCCCACUGGUUUCUAUGACAUUGAGAGUGUGGAGGACGCUGAGAAAAUCAUCGAGAUGGACGUGGCUCUGGUUGAACUGGAGGAUUCAGACAGCAGUGAGGAGGAAGAGUCGUCGUCGUCGUCAUCAUCCUCAUCCUCCUCAUCUGAGGAAGACCGCUCAGAGGACGAGCUGCAAACUGUCACUGCAAAGAUGCUCAAACUUCCAGGUGGCAGAAAAAGAAAGGCCAACAUCCAGGUGAUUAAGAAAGAGGGCGAGUAAGAGAACACGUACUUCCCACUGGAGCUAUAGGACUCACGCCAGGCCAUUUCUAUGCCUCUUAAAGAAAUAUAUAACCCUUCCAAGCUCGCUGUUCGGAGUGAGCACAGACCAGUGACUUCAUUUCCUGGUGAGCCGGGGGACUUGGAGAUAUUUUUAUCCAAAAGGUGAAUAAUGCACCAGAAAAUGAAUAUUAUAUAGUUGAAAAUCAGGCCAUCCGAGAUGUAGACGAGUUUGUUUUACAUCAUCACAACAGAUCUGGAGAAAACUUGCUCACCGAUAAAUGCAUCUUAACAAUGGAUUUGUUUAUUACAAGCCACUUUUUGCUUCACAAACAUUGUUGGACAUUGUGACGUUCGGACUCUCGUUUUGACGGCACCCAUUCACCACAGAGGAUCCAUUGGUGAGCAAGUCAUUUGAUGCUAAAUUACUCAAUACACAUACAUCUUGGUUUGCCCAAGGGUGAGUACAUUUUCAGCACAUUUUUAUCUGUGAGGAGACAAAGUUAAUCUUUUGUAUUAUCUCAGUCGAGUAUACUUGAAAAUGGAUUGUAUGCUGGCAUUAAGUUUAUUAAAAGUUCAGUCAAGAAAAACAGUUUUUUUUUUAAAUUUAGUUUCUUUAUUGUAAAAAUGGUUUCCCAACUCUCCUUACAUUUUUGUUUGUAGUUGCUAUAAAGUUGAAAUACUGUUCUGUGUAAUGACUGUUUGGCAAAUAUGACACGUCCAGUGUGACUGACAGCUUAUAAACAACCUAAAACACUCUUAACGUCUGCAUAUGAUAACAUUUCAUCUUUUGUCUAACGCAUGUGAUUGCACAACAAAAGCGUCACGAAUCUUCAGCAAACAUCCAGCACCGUAUGUUCUCAGUCAUUUUAACAAGAAUGUGUCAGAAUACUUCACAUUGUAUUGAAUUCAAGAGUAAACUAUUACUACAUAUUUUCCCAUCAAGCAUGUCCAGUAUUUUCAAACAAAAUAAAUAAGUUCCUUUUCAAAAAGAAUAGUGUGUUUAUAUCAUUUCCCUUU